UCCGCGCGGGGCCGGGCCGGGCCCAGAGCUGCCAAAAUGGCCGACUUCGAGGACCGGGUGUCGGACGAGGAGAAGGUGCGUAUAGCUGCAAAAUUCAUCACUCAUGCCCCUCCUGGAGAAUUUAAUGAAGUAUUCAAUGAUGUCCGGUUAUUGCUUAACAACGACAAUCUUCUCAGGGAAGGAGCAGCACAUGCAUUUGCACAGUACAACAUGGAUCAGUUCACUCCGGUGAAGAUAGAAGGGUAUGAUGAUCAGGUCUUAAUCACAGAACACGGUGAUCUGGGCAAUGGCAGAUUUUUAGACCCAAGAAACAAAAUCUCUUUCAAGUUUGAUCACUUAAGGAAGGAAGCUAGCGACCCCCAGCCUGAGGACACAGAAUCAGCUUUAAAACAAUGGAGAGAUGCCUGUGACAGUGCACUGAGAGCUUAUGUGAAAGAUCAUUACCCCAAUGGCUUCUGCACUGUUUAUGGUAAAUCUAUAGAUGGACAGCAGACAAUUAUUGCCUGUAUUGAGAGCCAUCAGUUCCAGCCCAAAAAUUUCUGGAAUGGUCGCUGGAGAUCAGAAUGGAAGUUUACCAUCACACCACCAACAGCUCAGGUGGCUGCAGUGCUCAAGAUCCAGGUUCAUUAUUAUGAAGAUGGUAACGUUCAGCUGGUUAGUCACAAAGAUAUCCAGGACUCUGUACAGGUUUCAAGCGAUGUUCAGACAGCUAAGGAAUUUAUUAAGAUAAUAGAAAAUGCAGAAAAUGAGUACCAGACAGCAAUCAGUGAGAACUACCAGACUAUGUCAGACACCACUUUCAAAGCCUUACGCCGGCAGCUGCCCGUCACCCGCACCAAGAUUGACUGGAACAAAAUCCUCAGCUACAAGAUUGGCAAAGAAAUGCAGAAUGCUUAAUACGGAAAUAAGGAGCUGUAUGAAAUGUUUGUGUGCAAAAAAAAAAAAACAAAAAACAAAUGUGGUCCUAUGCCAAGUAGAUGGUUUCUAAACCAGUGCAGCAUAUUUCUAGGGCUUUCAAAGUUGACAGGUUUUCUAGCCUCAGAGAGAACUGUGGAACAAAUAGCAUUGUCUUUGUGUUUUGUGUUUCCUGCCACGUAAGCUUCCUCUUGUGAUUGCAUAUACUGAUAGGUCAUUUUAAUUAAACCACAUUCAUGGUUCAGAAGUAUCGCUGUUUUCAAUCACUAAUUGUACUGGUUGGAAAACUGCCUAGCUGCAAAAGCCCUAUUAUAAAUACAUCUGAGGGUGCAGGGCAUUUCCUUCACCUGUAUACAGCACUCCAGGUACUCCAGUAAGUUUGUCAAAUCUGCCAACAGCUCAAGGCACUAUGCUGCAAGUUGUAAUAAUACAAGACACAGUAAGUGCUCCCAAGCAUCCUUACUACAGACCUCCACAAAGCAAAAGCCUGUAGGCUUGGAUUUUACUAUACAUAAUGAGUUUACAAUAACCAUUACAGAAAUUCCUACACAGCUAGCUCUUCCAGGGACUUUUUUUUCCUCCAAUCUGAAGAUUUGAGCCAUGUUCCCUUAGAAGUGAAGGUUUUUGCUCUCCCUUAUGUAUGUACAGUUAUCAGACAUCUGCAUUUUUAUGGAACUCCGAGCUGGAUCGCUGCUGAUCUGUGGAGACUGGAUUAGAUUAAAAAUGCAAAUGUCUGCAAAAUAGUUAUGUUGUGCUUUAAUGCUUUGUGGCAGGUUCAUAAAAUUUGUAUCACAGGUGUAUGGAUGGAUAGCAUACAAAAUAAAUAAACUUGAACCAAAGUGGGAGGAA